AUAUUCAUGACAAUGGCCCUAAGCCAGUUAUGGUGUACAUUCACGGAGGCUCCUACAUGGAAAGCACCGGCAACCUGAUCGACGGUAGCAUUCUGGCAAGUUAUGGAAAUGUCAUUGUCGUAACGCUCAACUACAGGCUCGGGGUUUUAGGCUUCCUAAGCACAGGUGACCAAGCUGCCAAAGGGAAUUAUGGAUUGCUUGACCAAAUCCAAGCCUUAAGGUGGAUUAGCGAAAACAUCGGAGCAUUUGGAGGAGACUCUAUGCGGAUUACAGUCUUUGGGUCUGGUGCUGGAGCAUCCUGUGUCAGCUUGCUAACACUCUCCCACUAUUCAGAAGGUCUGUUCCAGAAGGCAAUCAUCCAGAGUGGAACAGCCUUAUCCAGCUGGGCUGUCAACUACCAGCCUGCCAAGUAUACCCGGCUGUUGGCCGAGAAGGUUGGCUGCAGCAUGCUGGACACCAUUGACCUGGUGGAGUGCCUGCGGAUGAAGACCUACAAGGAGCUGAUCGAGCAGGACAUCAUGCCCGCCCGUUACCACAUCGCCUUUGGGCCGGUGAUCGAUGGCGACGUCAUUCCCGACGACCCCCAGAUCCUGAUGGAGCAGGGCGAGUUCCUCAACUACGACAUCAUGCUGGGCGUCAACCAGGGGGAGGGGCUGAAAUUCGUGGAGAACAUGGUGGACAACGAGGACGGCAUCUCGGCCAGCGACUUCGACUUUGCGGUCUCCAACUUUGUUGACAAUCUCUACGGCUACCCGGAAGGGAAGGACACCCUGCGGGAGACCAUCAAGUUUAUGUACACCGACUGGGCGGACAAGGAGAACCCCGAGACGCGACGCAAAACCCUGGUGGCGCUGUUCACCGACCACCAGUGGGUGGCUCCGGCAGUGGCCACAGCAGACCUGCACGCUCAGUACGGCUCGCCUACGUAUUUCUACGCCUUCUACCACCACUGCCAGAGUGAUAUGAAGCCAGGCUGGUCUGAUGCUGCUCAUGGCGAUGAGGUCCCCUAUGUCUUUGGUGUCCCCAUGAUUGGGCCCACUGAGCUCUUUCCCUGCAACUUCUCAAAGAACGAUGUUAUGCUCAGCGCUGUGGUCAUGACCUAUUGGACCAAUUUUGCCAAAACAGGUGACCCGAAUCAGCCGGUUCCACAAGACACCAAGUUCAUCCACACAAAACCCAAUCGGUUUGAGGAGGUCGCCUGGUCAAAGUACAACCCGAAGGAUCAGCUAUACCUUCACAUUGGCCUGAAGCCAAGGGUGCGAGAACACUACCGAGCUACCAAAGUAGCCUUCUGGUUGGAGCUUGUCCCCCACUUGCAUAACCUGAACGAGAUCUUCCAGUACGUUUCAACGACCACAAAAGUCCCGCAAACGGACUCCACUCCAUUCCCCUACGUGACCCGACGGGCCCCAGGCAAGUUAUGGUCCUCGACUACCAAACGCCCGCCUUUGACUCCCUCCCACAACCCCAAGCAGGCGAAAGAAACCCGCAAGUCGAGCCCCGAGGAGACAACGGUCUUGAUCGAGGACAAGCGGGACUACUCCACCGAGCUGAGCGUCACCAUCGCGGUGGGGGCCUCCUUGCUCUUCCUGAACAUCCUGGCCUUCGCCGCCCUGUACUACAAGAAGGACAAGCGGCGCCACGAGACGCACCGGCGGCAGAGCCCGCAGCGCGGCACCGCCAACGACCUGGCCCACCUGCAGAACGAGGAGAUCAUGUCGCUGCAGAUGAAGCAGAUGGAACACGAGCAUGAGUGCGAGUCGAUGCAGACCCACGACACCCUGAGGCUCACCUGCCCGCCCGACUACGCGCUCACCCUGAGGAGGUCUCCGGACGAUAUCCCACUCAUGACGCCCAAUACCAUCACCAUGAUCCCAAACACGUUGGCUGGAAUGCAGCCUUUGCACACCUUCAACACUUUCACCGGAGGCCAAAACAGUACAAAUUUGCCCCAUGCACAUUCGACGACUAGAGUAUAGCUCCCUUCGGAGCGGGUUCCCCCAUUUGUGGCUCCUUAGCUGGGUAGAAAGUUCAUUUUUUGAAAUGAUUUUAACAAGAGUUGAAGCAGAACUUGUCA